AUGACGCUAGAAGCCGUCCAGCGUGGCUUGCGCACCCCAGAGCACGUGAAGACAUCGCUUGCCCCUGGAUCACGUGUGGUGACGCGCUACUUGGAGGCUGCGGGGCUCUCAGGCCCGCUGGAGGCUCUCGGCUUCCACACCGUGGGCUACGGCUGCACAACAUGCAUGGGCAACUCUGGCGACGUCGACCCCGCAAUGCAGGCCGCCGCCGACCAGGGCCUCAUCACGGCCGCGGUGUUGUCGGGGAACCGGAACUUCGAAGGACGCGUCCAUCUCUCAGUGAAGGCCAACUACCUCGCCUCGCCACCUCUGGUGGUGGCCGCAGCGUUGGCAGGGCGUGUGGACAUCGACUUCGAAACCGAGGCACUUGGCCUGGACCCAGACGGUCGCGAGGUCUUCCUGAGCGACAUCUGGCCGACGCCCGAGGAGGUCGCAGCGGCGGUGUUUGAGUUUGUGCGCCCAGACUUGUUUGAGUCCGAGUACGCGAAGGAG